AAUGGCUUAGACUGGUUAACCGAGAUUAUUCCUGUUUUUACCUCAUUUUUUUCCAAAUCCUUAUCUGCCUUUCUAGCUAAAUUUGAUAAUAGUACUGCAUUAGAUUCUUUAUGCAUGAUUUAACUACAUAUGAGCAGGUUACUCCUGUUCCAAAGCCUCAACAUGUUGAGAAAAUGGAGUCAGCAUCGACAGUGGCCCAAGAUGAAGCUACAAAGCAGGCUUUGGAUGCUGCUUCUGUUGUCUCUCCACCAAAAGUUGACUUUGCUACUGACCUAUUCGACAUGUUAUCCAUGGAUGGUCCAAGUGAAAAUGGUUUAGAGGCAGCUUCACCUGAUGAUAAUGCUUGGGCUGGUUUUCAGUCUGCUGAAGAAGCAUCAACAGCUGAGAAAACUGGUCCGACAAAGCCAGUUGAAAGUAGCCCCCAGUUAGCUUCUGCAAUUCAGGAUCUUUUUCUAGAUUCACCCUCAGUAAUGCCUCCUGUUUCAGAGAAACCCAAGAAAGAUGUAAAAAAUGAUAUUAUGAGCCUUUUUGAGAAGUCAAAUAUGGUGUCUCCAUUUGCUCUGCAUCAACAACAACUUAUGAUGCUGGCUCAGCAACAAUCCCUUCUCAUGCAGUCGUUUGGGAAAGAUACUUGAUAAUUAUCAUGCAGUCCAAGGAAACUAAUGAACAGGCUGAUGAGGUUCUAAAGUAGGAUAUUUUGGAUUGUUGGACGCUAGAAAAUCACUACGGAUGGACUGAAUCUGAGUGUUAAACAUGUUGGGUUUAGACCAUCGGUAAUGAUUUUCUGGAGUCCAACAAUCCAGAAUAUCCAACUUUAGAACCUUAUCAGCUUUUUCAUCAGUUUCGUUGGAGCUAAUCUGAAUGAAGGUUUUGAAACCUUAAUUGAAUAAAAAGUGAGAAUGCUUAGGGAAGAAUUACAGCUACUCCAGGAGCCUGGAUCAUAUGUUGGUGAAGUUGUCAAA